AUGGCGAGUCAAGAAGAACCUGGCACCAGUAUUCCUCCCCACAUCCUCUCAAAGUUGAGCCCGGACUUCGUUCAGUUCUUUCGAGAUGUCCUCUCCAAGCGGCCACGAGACGUUUCCAUUGAGGAACUCAGAGCCCAUCCUGAGAAGUACCGCGCACCAACUACCAUUGAUACCUCCAAGUACGAGCGAGUGGCAGACUAUGAGGUCACGUCGGAGGAUGGAGCCAAGAUUCCGGUGAGGGUCUACCAUCCGGACCCGGCAAAGCAUGGGAACGGGCCAUACCCUGUUCAUAUGAACCAUCAUGGAGGUGGAUUCGUGAUUGGAGAUCUGUUUACCGACGGUCAGCUGUGUCUGAGUAUGCGCGAGGCGGGUGUGGUAGUUGUGGAUGUGAACUACCGUCACUGUCCUGGCAGAAACGGUGUUUGGCAAGGCGUUCCAGGACGCAUGGGCAGCCAUACAAUGGGUGAUCAGCUCCUCCAUACCCUAAACAUCGAUCCGAUUUCCAUCUCUGUAGGCGGCAUCUCGGCUGGCGGUCACAUCUCCUUCGUCUUGCAACACAUGGCCCGUGACGCCGGUCUCCCGCUCAAGCUGUGCCUGGCAUCCGUCCCUCCCGCCACCGACUGCAUCAGCUACGAGUCCCCUUCUGACUCUCCCUAUCCAUCCUUCAGCGAGUUCGCAAACGGGCCUGUUCUCCCCUGGGACCGCAUCAAGUACUUUGGGCAGUUUGUUUUCCCGCCUGAUACGCGGGACGAAAUCCAUAAAACGUGGCCGGAAUGGUGGCUAGCACCGAUCAAGGCCCCGAAUUUCAAUGGAUUGUGUCCGACUUUCAUCAGGACGGCGGAAUGCGAUAUCUUGAGGGAUGAAGGGGAGGCUUAUGGGCUGAAAUUGGUGGAAGGGGGGAAUAAGGUCAUGAUCAAGAGGUAUUUGGGAGCGGUGCAUACUAUGAUGUACUUGCCGCUGGAGAAUGACCAGAGGAGAAGUUAUGACGAGGAUGCGAAUAGGGCGUUGAGGGAGGCGCAUGGGUUGGCCAAGUGA